AUGACUACGGACUGGCCCAUUUACGACCGGGCUGUUGGCCCCGUCACCACCCCUCUAGGCCCCUCGCGGCCCCUUGGCGGCCCCGUCGCCACCCCUCUAGGCCCCUUGCGGCCCCUUCACGGCCCCGUCGCCGCUCCUCGCGGCCACGUCGCCGCCCUUCACGGCCCCGUCACCGCCCCUAGCGGCCCCGUCGCCGCUCUUCGCGGCCCCAUAGCCGCCUCUAGCGGCCCCGUCGCCGCCCUUCGCGGCCCCGUCGCCGCCUCUACCGGCCCCGUCGCCGCUGAGCCGCCCAGCAGCCGAGCCACCCAGAAGCCGAGCAGCCGAGCCGCCGAGCUGCCCAUCCGCCGAGCCGCCGAGCCGCCCAGCAGCCGAGCCGCCAAGCCGCCCAACAGCCGAGCCGCCGAGCCGCCGAGCAGCCGAGCUGCCGAGCCGCCCAGCAGCCAAGCCGCCGAGCCGCCAAGCCGCCCUGCCGUCGAGCCGCUACUGUCAGUGCCGAGCCGUUGCCACCGCGGCUACAGCCCUCUGUUCCUACAGUGUGAUCGGGCCGACGGACUCUCCCUAUUCGAUCUCACCUCUAGUGCCUCUCCUGCCCUGCCUACUGACGCUGACAGCACUGUUCGCUCACAGUGUGCACUUUAG